ACCCGUAGCACCACCACCGCUGCUGCACCGACUGCUUCCGCGCUGCCGGACGGCGGGGAUCUGCGAGAACCCCCCGACGACGGGGAUCUACGAGAACCCCGUACGGCGAGCGAGCGGCUCGGCUGCUGAUCCUGUCGGCCUCGCGGAUCUGGCCCAAGAUGCACGAGCUGCGGGAUAACCGUGGGAAGUGCCUGGGCUUUCCUCCCGCUGCAGCGGGGUGAAUCAUCGGCGCGGGGUCUCAUCUGAUUUUUUCAGGUACGACCCCCUAAGCUACGCCCUCAACGUCGAGAUGGAUCGGAGGGUAGCUCCGUCUUCUCUCCUUGUCAACCCGGGUCCCGGCAUCGCCGCCACGCGACGGUGACGGCGGCGGAGGUGGAUUCAAUGAUCUCAAGAGGGUUCACGGAGUCGAUGGGAUGGAGGCACCCCUUUAAUUAUCAUGAUUCGACGGUUAACUAAACCAUCCGAUCCGAUUUAAUGGCAAAAUUUUCACAGUCUUUCCCUUUUAUUUCUUCCAAGAUUCGUUUGGUGUUCUCUUUGUUGUUUGAUGGCAACAACUUAAUGCUUUCGAAGGAAAAUAAACCAGUUCAAUUUAAAUCAGAAUGGUCCAUUUUAAAUUAGAAAACAAAAUGCUGCCUUCUUCUAUUGAGUUCAGAUUACCACUGAAAAAGAUUCUCCAGUUCUCACCCCUUGCGACUUGUUCAAGGAGACUAUGUGGAUGUACUAGUGAAAAUUUGUCAUUGCGCAAGUUCUAUGCGACAGAGAGGUUCGUGUCUUGUCUGCAAGCAUGCACGGAUAUCAGAUUGCUAAGAAAGAUUCAUGCUCGCAUUUUCACUCAUGGACUUGUAGAUAACAGUUAUCUUCAAUCCAAGCUCUUGAAUUGUUAUGCUAAGUUUGGUGGUUUAGCUGAAUCUAGAUGGGUAUUCCAUAAGACUGUGAACAAAAAUAUUGCUCUUUGGAAUUCUGCUAUUGUUAGCUACUUUAGAGCUGGCCAUUUUGAGGAAGUUCUUAUGUUGUAUUUAAAUAUAAAGUAUAAAGGAAUUGAUGUUGCUAGUUCAGCUAUUAAUUUUGGUUUAAAGAGUUGUAUGGAACUCAUGAACAUAGAGUUCGGAAGAUCUGUCCAUGUAGAUGCCUUCAAGGUUGGUCUAAAUGAUGAUAGGUUUAUUGGUUCUUCACUAAUUGCUUUAUACUUCAAAUUUGGAAGUAUCAAGGAUGCAGAACGAGCAUUUAUAGAGAUCAUAGAUAAGGAUGUUGUUGUUUAUACAGCAAUGGUUACUGGAUAUGCAGAAUUUACUGAUUUCAAUGCACGGGGGGCAUUUGAAAUUGUUACUGUCAUGCACAGGGAAGGGCUAAAUGCAAACAGGGUGACCCUUGUGAGCUUGCUUCAGGCAGCAGGGCAGUUACGAGAACUUGAACAGGGCCGUUCAGUCCAUUGCUAUGCCCUCAGGAGAGGGAUUGGUGUCUCAGAUGAGGUCCUGCUGACCAGUCUCGUGGAUAUGUAUGCUAAAUGUGGUGCCAUUUCCAUAGCAGCUUCUGUUCUUAGGCAAACGAAGAAAAAGACUGUUGCAUCAUGGAAUGCACUGAUAGCUAGGCUUAGUCAACUUGGGCAGAGUUCUGAAGCUUUAAAAUAUUUCUGUCUUAUGAUGCAAGACAAUAAUCUUUUUCCAGAUUCCAUCACCUUGGCAAAUGUGCUGUCAGCUUGUUCUAAUUGGAAUCUGGUGCAGCACACCACAAGUCUUCAUGCCUACAUAAUGAGAAGAAAUAUUCAACUUGAUGAAGUUCUGACCACCACUCUCAUUGAGCUGUACUCCAAGUGCCAUAAAAUGAAAAGAGCAAGGAUAUUGUUUGAUCAUCUGAUCUGCAGAGAUACAAUAGUGUACAAUGUCAUGAUUUCUGGUUAUCUCCACAAUGGGUUAGUUGAAGAGGCUAUUAACAUGUUCAGCGAUAUGAUUAGGGAAGCUGCAAGACCAAACUUUGCAACAGUGGUGAGUCUAUUAUCAGCAUUUGCUGAUGUGGGAGAUGCAAGAAAAGGCAGGUGGGUUCAUGGUAUUGUGAUCAGAUAUGGACUUGAAUUAGAUUUAGAUGUUUCCAAUUUGAUCAUGCACAUGUAUGCAAAGUGUGGGCAAAUUGAGAAUGCGAAGAUGAUUUUCAAUUUGAUAACAGAUAAAGACUUGGUUUCAUGGACGGUGAUGAUGAUGGGUUAUGUAAAUAUUGGUCUUGCUGAUGAAGCUACUGCAAUGUUUCAGAAAAUGCAGAGAACAGGUGAAGAGCCUGAUUCACCUGUCAUUGUAACUCUACUUCAGGCACAUGCUCAACUGGGUAGUUCAGAACCAGUUCAAGAAAUUCAUGGGUAUAUUUACAGAACUUGUCUGGUAGAAGAUAUUGCCACCAUGAAUUCUCUGAUACUUACAUAUGCAAAGUGUGGAAGAGUAGAUGUUGCAGAAGCUGUAUUUAAAGGUAUGACAAGACCUGAACUGGCAUCAUGGAAUACGAUGAUUGCUGCAUAUGGCAUUCAUGGCUACUGUACACAAGUGCUUGAGAUGUUUAGUCAAAUGCAAAGGGAAAAUUUGAAGCCGGAUGAGUUGACAUUCAGUUCUGUGCUUUCAGCUUGCAGCCAUGCUGGGCUGGUUGAAGAGGGUUGGCGCAUCUUUAGUUCCAUGAAUUCAGAUUAUUUGGUUGCCCCACAAGAAGAGCAUUACAACUGCAUGGUUGAUUUACUUGGUCGAGCAGGUCAACUUGAAGAAGCAUACAAUUUGGUGAAGUGCUCUCCAUUAAGAGACAGGGCCAGUGCAAUGUGCACUCUACUUGCUGCUUGCAAGGUCCAUAAGAACACAAAACUAGGGGAACUGAUUGGGCAGGAACUCCUAGACCUAGAGCCCCAGGUGUCAGGUACUUAUGCUCUCAUGUCAAAUGUAUAUGCUCAGUCUGGUAACUGGAAUGAAGCUGCAAAAGUGUGGACUACAGCUAGACAAAGAGGAUUGGCGAAGAUACCUGGCUAUAGCUUGGUUGAACUGAAUGAGUGUGCUUGUGGCGAUUGAAGCCCUAGAGGAAUCUUUCAAGUUACAAUUAAGAAUUUCAAUUGACUCUUGGAUUUUCUUCGAUGGAAAAGAAUCUGCUGGUCAUUCGGUCAACUCUCUAGUAAAGCAUGCCAUGUAGGAAAAUCGAGUUAUUGAAAUUCUAUGGAACUAAGAUUUUAUACAAGGAAGAUGGAGGUGGAGCACGAUGCUGAAUAACCUCAAGUAUCAAAUCUGUCAAAUUUGUGUCUACUUGUCAAUGACAUUCAUGAUAUAUGGUGAUAGAAAGAGCUCCUAUGAGUUGUUCAGUUGAUCAAGUGAUUCAGACAUGUUCCUAUUGCACUGGCUGAUCUUUACUUGGGGUACAUCCAAAGGAUUUCUUGUUAACCAGUUUGUGGAGCACUUCUGACACAGUAAGUUACUCCAUGGUACGGAAGUUACGAGAUUCAGAAGUGAUCAAUAAGAAGAAAAAAGUUGAAGCUCUGAUAGCAUUUUCUUUCACAUUGGGUCUGGCUACAAACAAAAUGAAAAUCAAGAGUGUUCUUCUGUGAAAUUCCUGCAAAUCAGAAACAACAGGCUUUGGAUAUCAUCUUUCAUUCUGCUGAAGGAUGCUUAACAGUUAAUUACCUAGGAUCAUACUUUACCUCCUAGGCUAAAGAAGCAAGAUUAUCAAAGCUUGUUCGACUGAACCAGGUAAGUGCUGGCCAAAUAAAUUAUCAUCUAUUCUGGGAGAGUCCAGCUUAUUAUAAAGUCUUUCUUGCUCAGCACCCAAGUGUUCUUGAGUGGCCGCUUUAUUCCAAGGCAAGCAGUAAAAGAUAUGGUAUGACUAUGUGAAAAAUUCUUAUGGUCUCUCUCUGAGCUCAAGGGGAAAUGCGGUUUAAUUUGCUUGGCUGUGUUUCUGCGAACCCUUCUUUAAGAAGGAACGGAGCAGCAUCAUCGAAGCGUUUAAUGGACAUACUUUCCUGAAGUGCGUUGAGCAUUUGGAGUCUGAAGCCACCAAUGAUGGAUGUUAACAUUUAUGAGAACGAGAGCUGACUAUAUGGAAAUGGGUUGGCAUUCGAUUGGGAGAUAGAGAACUGCAAGUGUUGUUCGGACUUCGGAGAUGGACUGAGAUGAUUAGACCCGCCACCGUUACAUGAUUAUUCUUCCACCAGUUGUUUCUGGAUGUAGGUAGAAUACAGAGCGAAUUCAGGUACUAAUUAUCGUGUAUGACCUUGCAACUUGUACCUAUUACGAUAAAGAAUAUUCUGUUAUUUUCAAGAUCUUAAAUUUUAA